AUGAAUGAAGUUGAAUAGUCAGUUAUAGACGAGGAUGAGUUAUAACGUCAGUUGGAGGAGGAAUUAGCCAAUAUGAAUUAUUAGCCAGACCCUGAUGACUUACUUGAACGGCAAUCAAACUAUUCAAUCUUUAACUAAUCAACUACAAAUUUCAAUGCGAUAGAUGCUUCAAUGAAUAAUGUAGAUGAUUAUUUUAGAGAGACAAAUUAGGCUUGGAAAGAAUUCCUAACCAAGUAAUAAAGAGAGGUUAACGAGGUAAUACCAGAGAAUUGGGAAGAUGAAUUGCAAGAUUUAAAGAACUUAAACAAAGAAAAGUUGCAAAUCGUUAAAGCUCCUAAAACCAAAACACCUUCCAAAAUAAAGGUAAAUAAUUUCCAGACUGAGUAAACAGAAGUGGAGUAAAUAUAUGAAGAUAUUGAGGUAGAAAUUGAGAACAAACCUUACUUAAUGCCUUAGUUGAUUCUCUCAGAUGAUUUGCUGAUAUAAAGUUAUAUGAAUUAGCAAUAGCAGGAAAAACUAGAAAAUCAAAUACUAAGAAGUUCAGAAAAAUUGAACAAUGAUAAGAUAAAUAUUAGCAUAAGCUAGAGCUUUGGUAAAUUUGAUAUGGAAGCUGAGGAGAUAAUUGGUAAGAAAUAGGAUAUGCUUGAUAGAAUAAAUAUCGUUAGUUAGGGAAUUAAACAGAUGCAAGAAUAUGAACAGGAAAUGGAUAGGCUAUUUAUGGAAAGAGAGGACAAAUUAUCGAGAGAGAUUGAAGAAUAUAGUCACAAACUAAAGUUUAUUUAAAAAGACAUGCAUCCUCCCUUGCUUCCACCUUAUUUAACAGAAUCUGAUAAUCCCUUGAAAAAUAAGCCAGUGCAAAAGACUCCUAUGCCUAACGCACCAAUGACUGAUAAUUUUGUUAAAUAUCGAAUAAAUUUUUAAAGCUCUCUACCAAAUAAAAUCAAUCUAUCUUCUGUUAAAAUCCUAUGGAGUAUUGAGAAAUAAUAAGAAGAAGAAGAAAAAAAUAGGUUAGAAGAAUAAAGAAUUUAAAGAGAAAAAAAUCACAUGAAAUUAACAGAUCUAUUGAAAUUUUCAAAGGAUAUUUAAAACAAAUAACAUAGCAAAAAGUAAAAUUAAAAUCAACAAUAACCUGAUUAAUUGUUGAAACUCAUCUAAUCAAAUAAAUAGAUGGUUAAAUCUGAUUUACAAAAUAUUAAGGAGAAGGAAAUCUAAUUAAAUGUUAGUAUAGUCGGUAAAGAUCCAAAAUACUACGAAUCAUCCGAUAACAUAUUCAAAUUCCACCAAUUAAAAUAUCAUCAAGAAUUGAGUUCAAAUCUGAUCAAAAUUAUACCAUCACUAGAAAAGUCAAUGCCAAGUCUAAAAGAGUCAUAAGAUCGUAAGCCUAAAGUAAGCAAGGAUCCCAAAGCUAAAUUAAAAAGGAGAAACGGUGAAAACUUUAUGGACUUACCAGAUAUGAACUAAGAUGAUUCGUAAUUAUCACAGGCUUUGGCAUUACAUGCUUCAGAUCCUAUUAGGACAGAGAAAAUUGAAAUAAAAAAUGAGUAAUUUACAAAUCUAGAGCUACAUCCAUUCAAAAAUUACAAAAAUUUAAUGCAAUUAAAUCUCUCAAUGAAUAAAAUCGUAACUAUUCAAGGAGAAAUUGAUUGCCCUUUCUUGAAUACUCUUAAAUUAUCUGAUAACAUCAUUAAGGAUAUUCCUACUUAAUUAUUCACAAAAUGCAAAAAUCUAAAAACCUUACACAUGGAUAUCAAUAAACUUGGGAAACUUCAAAAUCUCUAACAUCUUUCAAUGUUGGAAGAAUUAAACGUAUCUAAUAAUUAAAUACAAUCAUUAGAUGGAAUUUAGAAUCUCAUCAAUCUAAGAAGACUUAACUUCUCAUUUAAUAAACUCACUAGCAUUGAGACUCAUUUGAAUAACCUAACUUUAAUAGAAUACAUAGAACUGGGUAAAAAUUUCAUCUCAAAUAUAGAUAAAUUUCCUUCACAUAAACUACUCUUUCUGAAUGAACUAUAUUUGUAUUCUAACCAGCUUGUGCAAGUGCCCAAGAGCUUUAGCAUGCCUUAAUUAAAAAUACUGAACCUAAACAGAAAUCAAGAUUUGCAUUAAUUAAGUAUAGGAUAUUGUCCUCUCUUAGAAUAGAUAAGUGCCUCUUACUGUUCACUAGUGCAGAUAAAAUAACUUACAGGAUGUCCAAGUUUAAGAGAACUUGACAUCUCAUUUAAUUCAAUUAAUAGCUUAGAAGCAUUUAUAUAGAUGAUAAGAAAUAAUAUAAAUCUAAGAAUGAUCAGAUUCAGUGAUAAUCCUUUCUCAAUCAAUAAAGAUAACUAGUUUUCUGAUAUCUUUAAAAGGAAGUUUGUAUUCCUUGAGAGAGUUAAUGGUGAGAAUGUAAAUUAACAAUCUUAGUCAUAAAAUGAUUCAAAUCAAUUAAAUGAAUCAACUAACUGGAAAAGACUAGAUCAAAAUAACAAUAGUGCUACAAUGUUAAGGCAAUUUAUCACUAAAAUUAUGAGUUAAAAGAUAAGAGUUACAUUUUUUUCGACAACAUUCAUUCUGAGAUAUAUGAAGAACAUGCUACCCUUGAUAAUGCUGAAAAGUCUAACAAGCAAUCCGAAGUCUAGCUAUCUCUAGCAGCAUGAUAUAAUGUUACUCUAUGAAAAUCAUAUUUACGUUCAAAAUCUUAGGAAAUCAGUGAGAAUCAUAACUUCAUAUAUAAGAAAGAGAAAGUUUAAAAGGAAAGCAUUAAUCAAGAAAAUGUAGAGUCAUAUUGGUAAAAUCUGUAAGAUUUAAGCUCUAAUUAGAGGUCAUUUGGCAAGAUAGAAGAACUAAGCAAUUAUAGCUAGGGUAAAAAGAGAUGGGCCGAAAAAGACCAAGAAAUAUCAAUAAAUUUCUAAACUCUAAGCCAACAUCAAAGGUUUUCUGUUUAGGAAAAGAAGAAUAAAGGCCCUCAGUAAAUUAAAGGAAAGCAAGCUGUCCUAUGAAGAUGAUUUUGAAGAGUUUGAUGCAGAUAAAUUCUUUGGCAUAAAAGAGGAAGUGUUAUAGAAUGGAUUAUCUUUGCCUUAAGAGUAGAUGAUGCAAUAAAUGAUUCAAAUGAUGGCUAUGUAAUCAUAGCAAGUAAGACAAAUGAAAUAACCUAUAACUUAACAUACAAUUAAUGAUAGUUCAGGUGUCAAGUUUCCACCAAUUAACCAGAAAAAUGCUACUUAAACUAAUAUAAAUGAACUGAUUAAGCCAAAGACAAUGAGAAAUAAAGGCCUCAAUCGUCCACCUUCAGCUGGUUCAUCAAAUGCUAUCUCAGAAAUAGACAUGAAUAGCGAUUCUAAGUCACUUCAAAAUAAAGCUAAUAUUCUUAUGAGAAAGAAUAACUUGAUGAAUCAGACCAAUCAAUUUGACAAUCCUCAUCAUAUGCCAAGUAUAAGUAACGGUAAUUAGUCAAGAUUUGAUGAUUAAUCUGAAAGAUAGUCUAUGUAUUCAAUGAACACCAAUCCUUUUUAUCCAACUUAAGCCUAGGCUUAUAGAUAGAAAGUUAUAGAGGAGAAAAAGCGUGAUUUUGUUAAGUAAUAAGAGGUUAUAGAUGAAUGGGGCUUUUAAAAUGAAGAAACUAAGAAGAUGUUUGAAGCUAGAAUGAAGAAGAAAAAUCAUGGCAAGAAGAAGUAACUUACUGCCGAUGAGAAAUUAUAAAAGUUUAGAGCUAUAAAUAAGAAAUGA